GGUAAACUACGAGUUACUACGGAAAGCUACGUAAAACACCGAAUGCCACGUUAGCAAACGUGCACCGGCGAAAACAAACAGAUCUUGAAAAAAUGGAUGUUUUUCAUGUAUUUUUCGUUGUAUUUGCUAUUUAUAUAACAUAUUCAGAUGCGUUAAUGUUUCAUAUAUCUCCAAACACCAAAAAAUGCCUGCGAGAGGAAAUCCAUAAAGAUGUUUUAGUUGCUGGAGAGUAUGAAAUUUCAGAUGCACCUGGACAAAAAGUUAACCUUGCAGUAACAGAUUCAAAAGGACAUAUACUAUAUAAUAAAGAAGAUGUUAAAAAAGGAAAAUUUGCCUUCACUACAGAAGAAUAUGAUAUGUUUGAAGUAUGUUUUGAAGCAAAGAUGACUGCAGGUGGGCAUGGUUCAGACAUAGAAGUAACAUUGGAUUUAAAACAUGGUGUGGAAGCAAAACAGUAUGAUGAUUUGGCUAAAGCAGAAAAAUUAAAGCCUUUGGAAGUUGAGUUGAGAAGAUUAGAAGACUUAUCAAAAUCCAUAGUAGAUGAUUUCGAGUAUAUGAAGUCUAGAGAAAAAGAAAUGAGAGAUACCAAUGAAUCCACUCAUUCACGUGUGAUGUACUUUAGUAUUUUCUCAAUGUGCUGUCUUUUAGGAUUAGCAACAUGGCAGGUUCUGUACUUAAGGAGAUAUUUCAAGGCCAAGAAAUUAAUAGAAUAAGAAAAAUAGACAUAGCUUAACAAAUUGAUACAUCUUUUUUCUACACGGCAGACUAUUUUUGUUUUUGGAAUCAUCAUUAAAGCAUACCACCAUUCAAAGAUGAAAGCUUUUGUUGCUGAAUGAAAUGAUGUUUGGUUAAAUGUGUGUUCUAUGAGGAAUAUAACAGAUAUUAAGAAAUUGUUAACAAUAUUUAUAUAAAGUUUUCAAUGGUGAAAGGGUUAAUCAAUUUCAUAUCUUUAUUUGAAUCAAUAAACGAAAGUUUGUUGUACUUAUUUUUUUUUCACCAUUAAAGAUCUUUUUAAAAUAAUUUUAAUGUAGAUAUUGAAAAGUUAGUGGUGCUGUCAAAUUAUGCUGUAAAGAGGGUAAACUUCUACAAUUUUGGUGAGAAUAUGGACAUACAUGCACAUAUGUUGGUUAUGCAUUUUAUGUGUGUUUUUAAAGAAUAGUACAUGUAGUACAGACAAACGAUCAUUACAUGUAUUAUAAGUACACUCUGCACAUUUUUUUAAUUGUAAAAAAAAUUUAGAAUGCAAUAUAAACUUGAUGUUUUAAAUAUUGAAAAAAAGUUAACUGACCAAUUUAAAAUACUAGAAAAUUACUGUAAGAAAGUGACAUAGAAUGGCUAUAUAGACAGUAAAGAGGUUAUAACAAGACUUCAAAGACUUCUACUGUUGAUGUAUUAUUCAAUCCAGGCUCUUCCUGUGGUAUAUCUUUCAUGUUAGAAGGGGUGUUCAUAGCUUUAAAUUUGUUAGGCUCAAUAGAAACAUAUAGAGACUGUCCUAAAAAAUUAUUUUGAAUUUUUUUAAAAAGAAUUAAUAAAGUGUCUUUUCAAAGAUAAUUAAUCAUGAAAUUCAUUGCUUUUAUGAUUAGGACGUGUAUGUACUAGUCAGGUCUGAGAGGGGGAAAAUCACAUUUUAUAAGGCCAAGUCUGGAAAGCAAUGUUUGUUUAUACUCAGGCCAUAAAUUAAAGUUUCCAUGCAACUUGGUGUUUAAAGUUCUUAUUUAUAUCUGUACAUAAUGUCUGUAAGUGCUUUAUAUUAUUAAUUUAAUUGUUUUGUUCCUUUGAUGCUUUAGUUAGAAGGAAAUAUUUUUGUGUGAUUGCAGUCAUUUUAUCAACACACAGUUUGUACCCAGAGUAGAUCUAAAACAUGACAGAGUUGUUUAAAGGUUAAAUUUAAUAGGCUGUUGAGGAUGUUAAGAAGUUUUUAUCACUUUGAUGUUUGAAAAGUAUUUUGCACAAUCUUUUGUUUAACAUCUUGACUGAUAUUUGAGUUUUUCAUUAAAUCACAGUUUAAAAAAAACAAAACAUGAAUGAUACCAAUUGAAAAUGAAUCCUAGUGAGAAACUAUAGAGUUGAUAAAAAAUAUGUAUAUAUGAUGAAGAACCUGAUUUUAAAGGGAUUUGACGAAUAUUUCGCUUUUUUGUUGUUUUGUAAAUUCAUUUAAUUGACUUCAAAUUGAAUGAAACAUUCAAGCUAUUGACCACAAGUUGGGUAUUUUUAUUUCAAAGAUGUAAAAACAAAAAGAUCUACUUUCAAUGUAAAAGUUUGAAAAUAUCUGAAUUUUAUUGAAUUUGUUGGCGUUUAUGACUUAUGUUUCAGACCAUACUAUUUGUUAUACAUAUAAAUUGUUUUUAAUUUAUGAUGACUCAGUGCUGCAAUAUUAUUUAAUUUAUGAUGACUCAGUGCUGCAAUAUUAUUUAAUUUCAUCAAAAUGAGAAAGUUGCUGCCUUAUUAUAUAAACUGUUUUAUUAUUAAAGUCUUUCAAAUUAAACUGAACAAGAUGCUAUACUCUUGACAUAUUCUAAAACUGAUUUCUUAAAUUAAGUACUAUUAAUUCUGCUUUAAAGGAGGAAUUCUGCACUUGAAAUGCAACGAUAUUUUAAUCAUUCUCAUUUAGCCAUGCAUAGAACAUAUUAGUGCCUUGCUACCAUGGCAUGUACAAAGUGUAUAUACACCAUAAUAGUAUUACAUUAUUGAUGUUGUCAUAAAAGGCUGAGGACAAGUUUUCAUCUAUUUAAGUAAUAUUAGAAAUCUUUUAAACUUUCUAUAUAUGUUGGGAUUUAAAAUACAUUAUCUUUUCAACAAUAUUUAUCUAGAGUUAUGUAUUGAUUCAUUAAAUAUGUCAGUUGGAUUUUGAAACAAAUCCCAAAUCCCUUAAAAGUUUGAUAAAUUUUUUUCAUUCAAGACAAAUAUUGUUUUGUUUCUAGGCCACAUGGUUUUUAUGGCAUAUAGACAUACCUUUGUCUGCCUUGAAUCAAUUAUGUUUUAUGUAAGAUCCACUAUUUUGGAAAUCAAUGACAUUCAAACAAGUUUAACACUGUUUAUCAAGAUUAAAUUAAAAUGACUUUGUCUUCUGAUCUCAGAAACAUUAUAUUAGGUAAUAUGUUAGUUAUAAUUCAACCCUUGAGACCUUAUUAUAACUCUUGGUUCAAUAUGAUCAUCAAAUUUAUAGAUAUUUGGGACUAGAUUCAAGGUGGUUAUAACUAUUUUUGUUCAUUUAAAGCAUUAUUACAGAAAUGGUGAAUGAAUGGGUGUAAGAAAUAUAUAGUUUUAAAUGUACAUAUCUUAGGAAUAUAUGACGAUGUAAAUGUUAGAUCAAAUUGUACAUCCUUUUUUGUCUUUGCUUGUUCUAAAUUAAAAAAGGUCAUAAUAAAAAAUCAUAAACAAA